CCAGCGCCCACCACGCUCACUUGCUCAUGCGUCUCUCUCGGUCGUCUUGCAACACGCUGGUGUAGUUGUUGCAAGCGUGCCGAUGCUGUGUGCACCUGAAUAUAUUUUGUCUCGGGAGAAAAUAAGUGACCUAGAAUUACUUGGAAAUAUAUAACGAAUUGAAAUCUCAAUGAAAGGGACUGACUUUAUAGCUAACGUUUCAUUGGAUAUUUACUGGAAUUGCGAGUGUGAAAUGUGUAGAAAAAAUAAACGUAUGCAUAUGACAUAAUACGAUAGCUCUGAAAAAAUGCAACAAAGAACUUGGUGAUCUCGAGUCAACUGUAAAGAAAGAAAGAACGAAAGAAAAAGAAAUAAACAGAAACCUAGUUAUGGUAAUGAACUAGCCGUUUUUUGUUUUGUUUUUUGAAGGUUACAUGAAAAUCUUAGAUAUGAUAUAUAAAAAGAUGGGUGUGUUGAUGUAAUGAAAAAAUAUGUGAAGGAUUUUACGCCUCGCCCACCGCGGGUCACCAGAGGCGUGGCAGGCAGACUGGACGAGUUGGAUUAUGCGUCUCAGAGUGAUGUCGCUGCGGCUCCAAGGGAUGCUGUGGAGUAAGACAUUAAAAGACAGAUGAACUUCCGGGAGUCUGUGGUUUUAAAUGGGAUAACCAUUGAACAUAAUCCAUCGGAAAGCCUUCUUGAGCCGCGUCAGUAAGAAAUACGUUCAGUAUGCCUCACAGCCCCAUAUCGAGGACGGACUCGGGGUCCGUGUCCGCCAUCAAGAACUUCAUCUUCGGCGGCAUGCUGGACACGGCCCGCUACCACCCCGACGAGCACGGAGGCGACUGCAAACGGAGCUUGAAAUCGCAAGUGUUCAAGAGUCAGAUUCUCAGAUCGCAGGUCCUCAGACCACAGGUUCUCAGAUCUCACAUCAUCAAGACGAGAAUCACGAAAGCUUCGAAGGUCAACCCCGGGCUGCCUGAGGACGACGUCAACUUCCCGAAUAAUCUAAGGUCUCCCUACCCCGAUGCUAGUCAAGCUCAAAGCGCCGCCAAUUUCCCACUCACUAAAAUUAAUAACGUAAGAUUCCCAAGCUUCCGGUGCAAAGAGAACAAAUUGUUCAGCGAGGAGAAGGCGUCGCCGCAGUAUGCAUCGACGCCGAACUUGACGUCAGUGUCCCCCGAAAGCGACACCUCAAGGGAGGAGGUCACGGCGGGUGUGACAGGGACUCUUCCGCGCAACUUCAAGAGGAAUAGCGGACGGCAGCUUCCGAACUCCGCUCCGGGAGCCGCGGCGACGGCCACUCUACCAUCGUGUCCGCCGUCGGUGUGUUCCUCGUAUAUGUACGUGAACAGCGGCGCGCCCUCGUCUGACUCAGGAUUCCUUUCGGACGCCACGUGCCCUGACUUCGAGGCAAGUGAGCCGCUAGUUGAAGCAGUCAGCACUCAGCACCAACCGAAGGAUCUUAGCUGCCGUGAACGAGGCAGGAAGGCCAGCGACCCCUCUCUGCCCCCCGGGAGAGCGGCGCUGCACCAAGAUAACCCUACCUACGGCUGUGUCCCGUCCAAGGCUCCCUCUGCCCCGUCCAGGUCCGCUGGCAGGGAAGGGGGGUCGACGCGCAAGGUGAGCAGCGUGACCCUCAAGAUCGAGAACGGCCUCUUCGCCACCGUCGGCAAGGAGAGCAAGGGGCGCGCCAGGGACCGCCGGCCCCUGGACCCGGCUUUCCCCGACGUCGUGCCGCCGCCUCCUCCAGCCGUCGUCAUUGUCCAGAAGCAAAGCCCCGAGGAUCCCAAAGUGGACGAGGAGGCCGCGGCGGGCUGGAAGAGAGCCACCGUGACCAUGAGUGGGACCUUCCUAGCGCGCUGCGUGAAGAUCGAGGACCUGAGCAGCCGGGACACCGGGGACGACAGCCGGGAGGUGGGCCGCCAUCCGCCCGAGCGGCGUGAGAGCGGCCGGUUCCCUUCGGCGGCGCGACUCCUUCGGUCUCUCGGGCGGAACAGAGACGACGAUGGCGGCGGGGCGCGCGCCAGGGACACGUCGGAGCCUCGCCUCUCCCGCUCCAACCCGCACUACCACUCCGAGGGCAAGGGCCUCAAGAAGAAGAACAACUGGGCGUCGGAGCGCGAGCUCAGCAACUCGCUGAGCCCCGCGCAGAAGGAGCGCAGCCACAGCUUCUGCGAGAAGGCCGACGCCAAGCGGCGCUACUCCUACCACGAGAACAAGGUGCUGCGCGACGAGGCUCGGGCGCGCCUCGACCGCCAUGAGGAGGCCGCCUCCGCGGGCGUCAACGCCUCGCCCAAGAGCCAGCUGGACGCCCUGGGCCCGGACCUCGCGAAAGAUGCCCGUCCAGCCACGCCGCCCACACCCACGCCCACCUCCGUGCAGUCCUCGACCCCUGAUGACACCUCGCACGAGAACAUUUAUGAGAACCUGCCCGCCCACACCAUGAAGGAGGGCGACUUGAAGGGGAGUCAGGAGGCCUCGGAGAGCGGAGCGACGGAGGCGCAGACGAGGCCCAUCGAGAGAGCGGAGAGGGAGCGGCGGUCCGUCAGGAAGCUAACAAAGGACUCCGGCUACGAGACGUCUCCGUACAGCGAAACCGACUACGCGAACAUAGAUCUCUACUCUGACGCCGACGCCACAGCGGAUGGCGACGGCGAUGAUAUUACCCUGGCGCCAGAAUCUGAGCUGGCGCCGCCCUCACCCGCGCCCGACGCCCAGGCACCCGAUCGCCAGCCCGACCACGCCCAUCUGCACACAUCCAGUCAAAUAAGUGGCGGCGGCACCCUUGAUCGCCGAGCCUCGUGGCAGCCUCAGGGGAGCACUUGCGGCGCAGAAGCCUCCCAGGACUCUUCCUCUGGCGAGGCCACUGUCACCGAAGCCAGCAGGGGCGCCUCCCCAUCCUCCUUCAGUUCCUCCUCGCGGGGCGCGUCUUCCGAGUCCACCACCCUCACCAGGUCCUCGGCGGGACGGGCCUCCUCCAGACGGUCUCCGCUGCCGCGAUACCCGUCGGCAGAGAGCCUCACCUCCUUCGCUGAGUCGCUAGUCAAUCCAGGUGGUGCCAGUUCGUCCUCGUCCUCUCUGGUGCCAGCCAAGAGCACGCCCUCGCUGCACCAGAAUGCCGCCCACGCUCACGCCUUCGCUAGCAGGAACUCAAGUGUGAACGCUGCACUGCACGCCUCCAGGUCAACGCCGAACCUUGACGAUGCCGAGGAUGGCAGCAGUAUGGUGACCAAGAAGUCCUCCAUGUACUCGUACCUUCACGGCACAUCCUCAUCCUCCAGUAAGGGCGGCAUGGGCGGCUCUGGAGUCGUGGGCGGCCGAUAUUGGGACGUGACAAUGGGCGCCGAUGACACUCCAGACCGUGAAGACUACGCUCACCACCUUCGGUCUUCCUCUUACCAGCUCCUGCACUCUCGCCAGCUGUCCGCCCUCAGCUCGGGCUCGGCGGGCUCCUACCACAGUCGGCAGCACUCCAACACAUCCAACUACAGCGAGUCCGAUGACCUGAGUCCUCGCGCUGACGUGGGUCCCGGACACACCCACCAUGCCCACCACCAUGGCAUGGACCGGGCCAGGUUCUUCUCCUACGAUAACCUGGGCCCGGAGUCUGCGUCCCACAAGUACCACGGGUCAUGGAACAUGUCAGAGCCCGACCUGACCCUCGCCCCUCCACCUUACUCCCCGCCCGGGCCGGGCUUUCAGCACUCGUCACCCAUUUCACCCAUUCCGCCCACAUCCGCGCCGCCGCCGCCGCAGACGUCGGUGCGGCAUUCCCCCACUUCAAGCGCCCCUUUGUCCACAGGGCGGCACCCCUCGUCACCUCCGCCGCCUCCGGUGCGCGAUGCCUCUAGUCUCAAGUACAUCAAGUACGGCCCCGGCCACGAGAAGUACCCGUCCUGGCCCGUGCCCGCCGCCGCUGCCAACCAAGUCAUGCCGCCGGGGCCCCCUGCGCAUGACGCCAAUGUGUCUGGCCUGCCCGAGUCGUCCCUCUCCCCGGCGCCGCAGGGCUCCCAUCGCUCCAAGUCAUGGACGGAGCAGUCGGAAUACCCGAAGGAGAAGUCAGGGGGCUACGCCCGCCCGUAUAACAAGAAGCCCUUCAAUCCGUCCUUCCAGAGGCAGCUCAAAACUGUGAUGGAACGAACGGAGAAGCUGCCCAAGGAGGCGCUGCAUAACAACCUCCGGGAAGACAUGUUUUCCAGCUCAAAUUAUUCCUUCAUGGAUUCCUAUUAUAAGCCUUCCAGUGCCUACUACCCGCUGUACGACCGUGACGGCCGGCCCUUAGAUGACAAGGAUUACAGCAUCCCGUCGCCCCCGGAGCGAGACCUCGGCCCCAUGGGCGAGGCCACGCUGGGCCAAGUCACAGCAGCGCAGUUCGAAGAGUACGCUCGCCGUUACGAAUUCGGCUACGCCGACUUGAUAGUCAAGACGCCGCUGUUGGACCAACUCCGCCAGGAGUCGGUGACAUGGGACGGCAGCUCUGAGCGGGACUCCGGUCGUGGAGAGAGCGAGAGUGUGGCAGACAGUGCCCGUUACAGUAAUGGCCGAGAAAGUGUCACCACAGUCGUUACGAACUCUUCGUCGGCGUCAUCGUCAGAAACACUCAAAUGGCAUGGCUCCCUCUCUGAUAUUUCCAUCAUGUCGGGUCACUCCCGAGACCCUCGCGGCGAUCACAACAUCGUUCAUAGCUCGCGAGUCCAAGCUCCACAAAGGCAUAACAGCGAGUCGGUCCUGUACUACGGCGUCGACGGGAGGGGAAAGCCGCCUCACGGGAGACUCGGCCAUGAGUCCCGAGACCAUCGCGAUCUCCGAAGGUCCAUCAGAGACACAGAAUCCGGCUAUCCUCGGCCCUCGCGCGAAGGGAAGUGGAGUCGAGAAGUAGAGAGAAACAAUGAGAUGAACAACCUGAAGAAAUUCCCAUCCUACUCGUACACACAGCCUUUGUCGCAGAUCACAGAGGCCCCCACGGCAGAGAUGCGGGAAACGCCCCGCUCGCCCACUCGCUCACCUCAGAGCCCCACCAUAGACAUUAGUAAACCGCCGUCCGUGGCUGAGCGCAUUCACGAGUUGGAGCGCCAGUCAAGAAGUACUGCCCCGGAGGGGACGUCGUCACGCUGGCCCCGGGACCAGAGUGGCUCCAGGGAGAGAGGGGAGUCCAGAGAUCUCCGCGAGACCAAGAGGCCACGCGAGGAUUCCACAUCACAGGACACACGGGAAAGUUGUGAUGCGGUGGAACCUCGACCUUCGAAAGAGCCGAGAGAUCCCAGGGAACAUCGGGAUAACAGGGACCUUAGCAGAGAACACAGGGAGCCCAGCGAGACGAGGGGCCACCAGCGACGUGGCUCUCGGGACUCGCAGCGAGGAGACAUGCGGCUUGAAUUCUCACGAACAGAGCAGAAAUGUGAAAAUGGUGACACCCUUCGUUCUCCCUCUACCCUGGGACCCUCGGCUUCACGGUCACCUACGCAGAAGGACGCCGACGGAAGACCCUUUGGCCAUGAAAACUUCCAGAAUCUCCUCAAUACCUUCACAGAGGUUGAUCGCAGUGACCGAGUAGAUCGCGUAUUAGAACGGCCUGAGAGAACGAGCAGCAACGUUUCGUACUCGUAUCUGGACCCAGAGAAGAAGCUCAAGGUAUCGGACGCCACACUCAAGAGCAUACAGAAACAGGCGGUCAUGUCGUUCUAUGAGAGACACGCUGGGAAAAGCUCAGGCGGUGCGUCUCUCAGUGAUCUCAGUUCUGCGAGCAGUCAGUCAAGCCUAGUGUCCUCCCCGACGGCGUCCGAAGGAUCACAGGGCAAGUGGAGUGGCGCUUCACACGCUUCAAUGAUCCAAGCCGUGAGGACAGACCGGUCUGGGCGCGCUGGCAAGGGACUGGCUCGCUUAGGUCGGGUUCCGGAGGGCGAGAGUGAUGAGCACUCGCUAAAACCACCUCGACGGCGGUCCAUGAGUGGCCGCGACUCCGGGAGCGAAGGUGCUGACGACCUCUCCAAGGCUGGCUCCUCUCAGAGGUCAUCCCUGGCGUCUGAAACCGCGUCAUCCUCUCGGAGCGAGCAACCUCCAGCGCUUCCACAGAAGCAGUCCCAACAAGUUCAUCAGGAGACUGUAACUCGGACUUCAGUGACGUCAUCACAAUCGUCCAUCUGCGCCAAUGAGGACGCCAGACAUUCAGAGGAGGCGGAGCCUACUAAAGAUGACGACAGCUCGAGCCGUGCUCCGCCCAGCAGGGGUCUCCUCGAGGGGAUCCUCCCCGCGUCAGACCUUGCCCCCUUCCCGCCCCUCCAGAGCGAGCCGCCCAAGCCGCCCUCCCUGCCCCCUCCCGCCCACGACGAGCCGCCCCCGCGCCCGCCCGAGCGCCCUCCCAAGAAACCUACGCUGCGCUCGCUGUUCCACGGGCCCAACGCCGACUCCGCCCACGCACACAAUGGCCCGUCGGCCGCCCACAGCAGUGCGGCGCCCUCCGCCCACCCCAACGCCCAUGCAGAAAAAAGCAGCAAUGACUCGGAGAUGCGGCGGAUAGAAGAGUCGGCCAAUGAGCUGCGGAAUCUCUCGCCCGCACGCCCAUACUACUACCGCAAGCCCCCGGCUCCUGACCCGCCGAAAUCUCCGGAAGCAACGGCCGCGGCCCCAGCGGCGCCAGCCUCGGCAGCGCCGGCGGCGGCGCCUACACCCAGCUCCCCGCGGCCGCCGCGGUCCCCCCGCACAGCACGCCUCCACACCUCGCCCGCUCACGCCGCCCACUUGGUGGCGCCCACGAGCCCGACGUCCCGCUCCUCCACGCCCGACCUUCCGCCGCCCCCGCCGCCGCCGGUCACAGACGGCGAGGUAGUGCUCAACGAUGACCCCCUUCCGCCCCCGCCCACGCCCUCGGAGGUGGCGUCUCCGCCCACUGAGGCGCCGCCCGUGCCUCCUGAUUCACCCCCGCGAGAACGCCUCACUGGCACGCCCCCUCCCGUGCCCCGGGAUGCCUCCAAGAACAUCAUCACGCCGCAGACCUACCACAAGGACUCGUACAUGGCCCACCGGCGGGACUGGAAGACCGGCUUCGAGGGGCGCUACAGGAGGACCAUCUCCCCCUCCGCCGCCAACCGCAAUCUUCUCUACUCCCGCGAUGACAACACCAACAACAACCACAACAACAACAAAAACAACAACGACAAUACCAACAACAAUAUCAACUCGCCUCCGUCUUCCACCUCGGCGACGUCCGGCAGCGCAGUGACCAGGACCAGCCCUACGCCGCCCCAGGAGCAGGAGCGGAGGAGCUCGACCACGCCCCCGUCGGGAGUCCUGCGCCCCGUCGGCUCGUCCUCCAGCCUUGUCCAGAACAACAACUCCAAGAAUGUGAUUGACAACGACAACAACGUCAAUAACAAUGGUUGGGCAGGCCACGCGCGGUCUACAUCAACGACCGUCAGUUUCACAGCAGAGGAACUGCGGGCGUUCAAGGCACGACGCGCCCACGCCCACACGCAGGAGGCUUCUGCUCACAGUUCCGACAACAAGGAGAACGCGCCUCGCCCGCUGCACCCAUCUCAGUCGUCGCCCUCGCUCUCCUCCUCGACGGCUCUGCGCUCUCUCGCCAGCGAGGGCUCCACCACCUCCCUGGCCAGCGGCGGCGCCGGCUCGUCCUUCACCUCGGGGCGCAGUGGCUCCCCAGCCUCGCCCGCGAAGCUCAGUCCAGCGCAUUCGUGGCGGACGUCGCUGGACUCCCUGCACCGCCCUCCCCUCUCGUCCCCCUCGCCCCCCGCCACUGCCACGGCCUCCAGCGACGCGGCCUCCAGCUCCCCGCGACCCAUAACCCGCGCCACCAGCCUCGCGGAUCCACUCAACAAGGAGGAGGCGGCAGCGGCAGCCAUGUCCGGAAGCGUGUCCCAGGAGGCGCUGCACCUUCCCUCGACCUCAAGCGUCAGCGAGUCAUUGAACCGCAUCGCCGCCAUAAGUGAUUCCCUUAGUCGAUCUACCAGUGUAACCGAGUCCUUGUGCCGCUCCACGAGCCUCACAGAGACGCCCACGUCCACGCACUCUCGCGCCAGCAGCGUCAGUGAGGUUCCCACGUACCUGUCUAGUCCUCCCGCCGCCCCCGCCAGCAGCACGCAAGCGGCCCCAUCCUCACCCACGUCCCCGGUGCCUCACGAUGGCCCCGUCACCGCCCACCCGGCCACCGUGACGGAGGAGCCCUCGCCCAGGCCCUUGCUCAGCACCCCCAAGGCGCCGUCCUCGCCCAAGUCUCCGCUCUCCACCAAGUCUCUCUCGUCCAAAUCCUCGCUCUCGCCCACGCCCUUGUCUCCCACAUCGCCUCUCUCUCCCACCUCCUCCAAAGCUCCCUCGUUCCCUUCCUCCUCAGCCUCCACAACGGCGUCUUCCACUUCUACCACCACCAUCCCCUCCUCCACAUCUACCACCACCGUCUCCUCCUCCACCACUUCCUCCACUGUCACGAACAGCACCCCCUCGUUCCCAGUGACGUCGCCCUCCAUGUCUCCUACGUCCUCGUCAGCAGACAAGUCCAACAUCGUGGUCUUGGGCUACGGGCGAACGCGGUACCAGGAAGAAAUCGACUGUGAUCAGCUGUCCAAGGACUACGCCCCUCACCUCCUCCUCGACACGAAGCUCCGGGCCUUGCUUGCACCUGGUCCAGAGCACAAGACUGCAGCAUACUACAUGCAGGGUGUGUUCACACUGGAGUUGAGGAAGGACCUUAUCAACAGCACCCACGCCCACCACCCGGACCUUAGCAGCCUCCACACGCCCAAGAAUAUGGCGCCCAACAACACACACAGCCACACCACCCCCGCCUCCCCGCCCGCAACUAACGGCGACGCCACAACCUGCCUAAACACAACGAGUGACAAAUCUCCACUGCCAGCUGACUCCGCCUACUUCACUACGUCAGAGAGCAAGGCCAAGCUCCUGACGCGGCUUCGGGGGAGCGGAAACAACCUCCAGGACACCAUCACGCCAGUCACCGAUCAUCAGCAACUCCUGAAGAGGAAGGAGGAGCUGGUGGCGAGCAUCGGCCGGAAGCUGGAGAUCCUGCGGGCCGAGCAAGAGGCCAUCAAGGAGGAGAUGCGCCUCAACCAGGAGCUGGGCGCCGAGGUCACGCAGGAGGUGGAGGCCCGGGCCAGCCUGGCCGAGGCGGAAAAGUACAAGCUCCACGUGGAGGAGAUCGACAAAAUUACUUCGCUCCUCCUGGGCCUCUCCGGCCGCCUGGCGCGCGCUGAGAAUGCCCUGCUGAUGCUCGUCAAGGAAGCUGACCCUGAGGAGAAGCGUAUUCUUGAGGGUAAGCGUGACAAGCUGCGCGACCAGCUGGAGGAGGCGAAGAGGCUCAAGGAAAACACAGACAGAAGAGCUAUACAGGUCGCAAAGGUGCUAAAUCAGUACUUGAGUGAGGACGAGUAUGCAGAUUACGACCACUUCAUCAAGAUGAAGGCCAAGCUCAUCAUGGACGCCAGGGAGAUCGACGACAAAAUCAAGCUCGGGGAGGAGCAACAGCAAGCCCUGUUGGAAACCAUGUGUUGCAAAAAUCCGUGAAGGUCUGGUGCUUCAUGUGGUGGAAGUGUUCCUGUGGUGUGAACUUCACUAAACUCUGCAGCUGUGAUCUGAAAUUCCAAACAUUAGUAGUCGCGUUGAUAGUGAGGAAUGCAUCACUGUCAGUGUCGAAACCGUGAACAGUUAUGGAAAAUACAUUUUGUUAGGAAUUUACAAGAGGCUGUAAAAAGAUUAUAUAUAUACAUAUAAAUAUAUAUAUAAAUAACCAGGAUAUAAGAUAGCAAGCUAACAAGAGACAGUAUUUGACAGCACAUGUUCUUCUGUUAAGAAGGUCGCUUCUGGACAAAUCACUUGUUGUUAGAGCUUGUCUUUCUCCUGCAUGUGCUUACUGUUGCCGAAGAUUUACAGUUUACAUAUGGACAUGUGUAAAUGCAAACCAUAUAGAAUGCAGUUUGAGUACCUUUGAGUUCUAUGUAUUAAUGUGAACAUGAGGAAUAGAUGUCCUGAAAUUAGCAUAUUACAUUGUUUCCUCGAUUUUUUCGGUAUACAGACAGGUGCUGUUUAAUGACAACGAGGAAUGAUUCUUUAUGCUGGCAUUUUCUGAACUGUGUCAUUGUUUAUGAUAUUGUGAUCUAUUUCCCAAUAUUUAUUUAUGUGCGAAAGUUUCAAGUGAUAAGUAUUGGAUAAAGCACAUAAACUGUACAUUGUAGCCAGAGUUUUAUUUGAGGAUACUAGUGCGAGCAGCAGCACUGUUAUUGCUGCAGAUGUAACUUAAACAUUUAGUGGGCACUUAUAUGAAGUCUGCAAGGAAUGGGCAUACAUACUAUGUAAUGUUAGGUUAUUUAAUAUCACAAUUUAUUGUCCUGAGGCUUUCUUUAGGUUUAUAUAUUGACAGUGCAAUGAAUGUCAUGGCAAUACCUACUCAAAUGCAUAUUUGAGUUUGUAGUAUACUUGUGUUGAUGAAUAAAAGCAAAACAAAACACGCCUCGCCUUUCAUCUUCACGAUUGAAGGUAGAGUUUGUGUCAUUGCAACAGAUAUCAAUCCCUGGACUGAGUGAGGAGCAAUAGAAACAACAACAAUGGAGAACGCCUCGUGCCAUUUGGAGGAAAAAAGAUCAUUCUUCUCUCUGACGUAUCAUACUUUAUCCAUAGGAUGAAUUCCCAUCUCGGGUCUCAGUUUGAACUUUGCUAUGUUAUGACUUUCUGUAAUCUCUUUUAUAUACAGUUGAUUAUCCUGUGAUGCUUGUCUGCUUGGUGUGUUUGGGUUAUUUUUCAGUUUUAUGAAUAAUUAUUAACAAAGAAGAGCUUCGCCCACGUGUACACAUGCAGCUGUGCUGAGCUCGUCUCUUGAUCCUGUCUGCAGUCCUGUCUAACAUUCUCUCGCUUCAACUACAUGAUAAGAAGCCAAAUGGUUUUGAAGGUUGGGCAGCACAACCCGUUAAGGAAUACUUCAUUAGUCCAUAGUCUUUUUUUAUGUUAACUUUCAGUGACAAAGUGCCCACACUGGCAGCUGGACAAUACUGAAGUAGCAGGCCCACUAAAUGAUGGAGUCUCGACGUGCAAGGAAGAUAUGACGUCUUCUUUGUAGGAGUUAUUAGUGCCACAUUGUAUAUAGUAGUUUGUUAAUGGAUGCCAAAAGACCGUCCUGUUCCUUGAUAUCUGUGUCUACUAACUUCGUCUAAAGAAUUUAUUGGUUUUAUACUUUAAGACUAGUUGCAAAGCGACAGUUGUGUUGUACAGUAGCGCUUGUUUAUAAGGUACGCCAAAUUCUAUGAUUCUUCUGCCUGGAAGAAAUAAAAUGAGAAUUAAG